GUUGACUAUUGAACAAACACUGUGUGUAAGACACAUGUACAGGUGGGUACGUACAACAUGUGAGGUCUGGUAAAGGGUCACAUGUAGUUUAUGAGACUGUUCACUUUGACACACCUCUGGAGCAUGGUGGAUAUGUAAAGGUAAUCCUGAUUGGCUCCAUGGUGUUCAAGAGGCAUGGACUUGUGAGAGGGAGGUAACUCCUACCAGCCCUGUUCAGAGUGCAGUUUAGGUGCUUUGCAGAGUUGCUGAUUUCUUCAAGAGGUCUUAAACCGGCUCCCUGAGUUUCCUCAAAGGUUCAGAAGUCAGACAACAAAAAUCCACCCCAAUGCCGAAAAUGGCAGAGGCAGGGUCAGGGUUUGACUCCCGGGGGCUGGGACUGCGUGCACAGAAGAAACUCCUGGGGAAAAUGUCCAGCAAGAAGAUUGCAAAGGUGUUUAUAGAUGACACCACUGGGCACCUGCUAGAUAACAUGUACAAGAUUCUCAAGGAUUACCUCCCCACGAAGAAGGAAGCGGAGAAAAUGCUCAAGUACCUUAUUAAGACAGUGGUGAAAAUAGGGAUUCUAUACCGCAAUGACCAGUUCAAUUCGGAAGAGCUCUCCAUAGCUGAGUCCUUCAAGCAGAAGUUCCAUUCGUUGGCCUUAAGCAUAAUAAGCUUCCACGAAGUCGAGUUCACCUUUGACAAAAACUUUUUACGCAAGUCUAUUGAAGAGUGCCGUAUCCUGAUCCAGAAUCUUAUAACACGCCAUCUCACGGAAAAAUCAAAGGGACGCAUUGACCUGCUCUUUAAUUUCUUUGCCACGCCAGACUUUCUGGAAGCCUUAUUCUCCCAAGACAGUGUGCAUAGAGAGGCCAUGGACCGUAUAGUUUUAGAUAUGCAUAAAAUGAUGGACGAGGGCAAUUUGUAAUGACUGAUUCUUCAUCUCAUUGGACAUCCAAAGCCUCCAUUUUUCAGAAAAGGUGUGGCACUUGGGGUUAAUGUAUGGCCUUGUGCGUUUCUGGUUCAGGAGCUGUUUGGGCAUGUGAUUGUAAUGACAUUGUGUCCCAUUUUCUGAAGGAGCACUGUUGCUGGAGUGCCAUGAUACAAUCCUCCCUAAUGUCCUAUGCACCUGGGUUAUUCCCUAUCCAUUAAAACAGUGGUGCUGUCCAAGGUGUUCGCUCAAAACUGUCACUGUGAGACAUCAUCUAUAUUCAUAUAUGUGCUACAUUAAGAUGUGCUGAGAGCUUUCUGGCCACAUGGCAUUGGACUCCUUGUUGUGCCAUAUAAAUGUCCUUGUACUCGCUCUUAAAGCCCUGGCUUCAGUUGUCAAGACUUGCAUUUGUUUAUUUUCAGAAAGACAAAAGUAUCAGUGGCAUGAAGCAACCAGAUGCUUCAAAUCUGCAAAUUUAUAUAAUUGCAGGGAAACAUUUUAUUUUGUGACAAAAAAAAGGAGAAAAAAAUGAAAACCAGAAUCUCUUUUAUGAGAAGCUUGUCUGUUUUAAUAUUCUAUACAAGGAUUGUAGUCCUUUGCAUUACAUUAGAGGAUGGGUGUUGAACACUGACAGGAAUUGCAUAAAAGGAGGAGGAUGGAUGGUUCAUCUGUUUUUUAAACCAUAAGCAUAAUGCUUGCUGCAAAGAACACGUUGCAGCUUUUGUGGUUUCUGACUUUCUUUCUAGAGCUGCAGCAACUGUAAUUGUUUAUGUAAUAACUGUUGGCUAUGUAAUAACUGUUGGCUAUGUAAUAACUGUUGGCUAUGUAAUAACUGUUGGCUAUGUGUGCAUGUGUCUUAACUUCAGCCCUGUGAUGUAUUUGUGCUAAAAGAUCUGAUAGAGACAAAAGUUACUCCCUGUGUGCUUAGAUCUGAUACCUUAUCUCUAUUGUACCUCAGAAAUUGUUUGUAAAGUUACAUGUACAUGUUUAGUGCUUGCUUAAUUUCUACAAUUCAUAGAACAUACUGCAGGUGAGUUUAAUUACCAUGGUUUCAGAAAUGUUACAAGUGUUGAACUGACAAGCUCAGAAAAAUAUGACUUUCGAAACAUUUGUUCAUUUUAAACAGACAUGGCAUGCGAAAACCUCUUGAAAAACGUGCAAAAACAGAAUAAUGUGUUGAUAGCCAAUUAUUUGGAGUAUACAGCAGAAGCAAAUACAUUUUGAAUGUACCAAUGGAAUUAAGGCCCCCAGAGAAAUGCCCUUGUCAGGAUGUUUUAAAUUGCAACUUGAUACAUUUUGUUGAGAGAAAAAAAUUUAUCAACAGUGAUCCCUUAACCAUACAUGUACAUGUAUGUUUACAUUUGUGUAAUGAUUUUCUUCCACACAGUGAUUUUCAUGGGUCAGAAGCUACAUGUAGUUUCAGUUGUCAACCGACGUCAGCAUAGCAUGAUCAGAGAAACGUAUAGAGACUAUAAUGGUUUUGAACAGUAGUGAACAGUGUUGAUGAUUUGUGCCUUAAAAAGACCAAUGCUGUGAACAAAACGAAAUGAAAGAGACACUCUUCUGCAGUGAUGUAAGGCUGUGCUGUGCAUUUGCUUUGUUGCCGUAUUCGAUCUAGGUAUGGUAGUGGCCAGUAGCAGCAGCUAUAGAAGUCUUUAUCAGCAAUAUUCAUUGACGUCUGUUCCAUGUUAGAGAUGAGGUGGAAGCGCAAGAUGAAACUGUGUGAACUAUAACCUUAAUAGUUCUAGACACGAAAUGAAGACUGAUAGCCUGUGUCAUCCAGACCGCCUGAUGGGCCACUAAAAAGCUAGGCAUUGAGAGGAGGAUAUCGACUGUUUAAUGAGACAAAGAUCGUAUAAAGGCAUGCCCAGAGCAUUCCCAAAUUUUUGCCAAAUCCAUCUUUUCCAGGCAGAAAACACAUACUACUCUUUUGUUCAUCGAGGGCUCUUUAAUUUGAUCUAAUCAGCCAGUCAUAAAAUGGUUCUCUGGUGAUUUGAGGUAAUUGCCA